AUCGCACAAGGAUCCACAGCAAGAUGAAAAUCAACGGAGUAACUUGGAAAGAGGCGAACAAUAUGUAGCAGUGGAAAGAAAAAAGAAGAAAAAAUAGGUGAAAUCGAUAGAACGCAAUAACCGCGAUACGAAUGUCGAAUAUUCACCGCAACGCGCAGGCGCAUUAGGCCAAGCACUCCACUCUCUCGGCAUCGGAGCAGCGCAGAGCGAGCAUCGCAGCCACGAGUCCGCUGCAGAGAGUGACUCGGAGUCGUGUAUUCCGAGUUCGGCCUAUCGACGCAUCGGACACCUAGUGUAUACCGAUUCUCCACUUGGACGACGCUUUUUCACCACUUAUCUCUCUCAGCUUUACCCUCUUCAGCGCACAUCGCCAUAGAGGGUGAGAGGAAGGUCCGGCGGAGUGGACAUAACGAAGCGUAAGAAGCACAGCCCGCCACCGGCGCUGCAGAUACCGCCAGUGGCAACGGCGACGAGGAUGGACUACUGGAGCGAGGAGGCAAGGCUGCAGCCGAAGAGCAGCCCCAUUACCGACGACUACGAGAUCAGCAACCACGUGCUAGGACUCGGCAUCAACGGCAAGGUCGUGCAGUGCUACGACCGCAAGACUCGCGAGAAGUACGCGCUCAAGGUUUUGCACGACUGCGCCAAGGCGAGACGCGAGGUCGAGCUGCACUGGAGGGCCUCAACCUGCAAACACAUCGUCCAAGUGAAAGAGGUGUACGAGAACACAUACGGCGGCAACAAAUGUUUACUCGUCGUUAUGGAAUGUAUGGAAGGGGGCGAGCUCUUCCAGAGAAUACAGGAGAGGCAGGACGGCGCCUUUACGGAGAGAGAGGCCGCUGAAAUCAUGUACGAAAUUUGCAUCGCGGUGAAGCAUCUGCACGACAACAACAUCGCACACAGAGACCUCAAACCGGAAAAUUUAUUGUACUCGAAGCCAGGUAGCAUGGGUAUUUUGAAAUUGACGGAUUUCGGUUUUGCCAAGGAAACCCAUCUUAAAGACACGCUUCAAACGCCUUGCUACACGCCAUAUUAUGUCGCCCCUGAGGUUCUCGGACCAGAAAAGUAUGACAAAAGCUGCGAUAUUUGGUCACUGGGAGUUAUCAUGUACAUAUUAUUGUGCGGAUUCCCUCCGUUCUACAGCAAUCACGGUUUGGCAAUAUCGCCCGGAAUGAAGAAGAGAAUCAGACUGGGUCAGUAUGAUUUUCCGGCGCCAGAAUGGUCUAACGUCAGCGCAGAAGCGCGCGACCUCAUUAAGGGUAUGCUCUGCACUGACCCGCUUGAGAGGCUGCAAAUCGAUGGAGUCAUGAAAAAUAAAUGGAUAUCCAAACAUACAGAAGUGCCAGCAACGCCACUGCACACCGGAAACGUUCUUCGGGAAGACAAGGAACUCUGGCCCGAGGUCCAAGAGGAGAUGACGCGCUCGCUGGCGACGAUGCGCGUCGACUACGACACUGCCAAUCUGAAACAACUCGACCACACGAACAAUCCUCUUCUGAACAAACGCCGACGUGCCAAGCAACAGAUAAGCAGCCCGUCCGGACUAUCCAACGAUGCUACACCAGUCAAUCGGAGCGCAGCCUCCUAGGAAAUCGCCAAACUCGCGAGUUUGAUCGACCAGAUGUGUCCGUGAAAAGAGACGCCGUCUUCGCCGGGUGACACGCUACAGAGAGUACCCUCAUUCCGGCACGGUUCACUUCGCAAGACAACGACAAUCGCGAGUUUACUUAAAUCUUUACACUUGAGUGCGCCAUGAUACCCACGCGGUUCAACGGCCUGAACAAUGACUAAAAUAUAUAUUGUAUGUAUUCUUUGUUUUUAAUUUUUUUCUUUUACUGACAAAUACGACUUUGACGCCGUCGAUUCUGAGUAGGUUUAGGUGUCACUCUUAAUAGAACGCGAACAAUUGUACAUAAAACUUUGUUCGAAUUUUGUUUCUUCGAAAGAAGAAGAAUCGCUUUGUUUCUUAAAUAAGAUCUAACGAGAUCGUAUUACAAGCGCAAUUGGUUUAUUUUUACUCAGCGAGUAAAAUCGCAUUUAUAUCGCAACCCGACAAUAAAUAUUGCAGUGAUAAACCGUAGAAUUCUCCGAGAACGUGAACAUCACGUGAUUAAUGUUGAUUUUCACGCAAACUUAGAAAAUAGCGUAGUGCUAUUGAAUACAAGAAUGAGUCUUAAUCAUGUUAAAACGAGCUCAAUUUUCACGACUGUUGAGACGGAAUCGGGACAGCUGUGCUUUUCCGAGAAGAACGCGAAAAGUACAUACAUAGGCCUAACGAGAUUCCGUGGCAGCGAAAAUGUGGGCACAGACGACUGAAGCCUUGAAAAGUAGGCAGCGUUGUUAUUUUAUGUACCAGAACAUCGAUAAAUUGUAUAAACCGAAACGUGACAAGCCAGUUUCUCUAUUGUAGAGUGAAGACGAGAAGAGGAGAAAUACUUAAAUGAUGAAAAUAUACAUUAUUUUUUAUAAAGAAAAUCGCACCUGCGUGUCUAUAUGUAAAUGUUGUACGCGUGCCCCUCAUCCAAUCGUGCAUCAGCAAUUCUCUCCCAGAGAGAUGAUAGCGCUAGCUCGUAACUCAGUUAAGCUAUCAGUGUGCAAGCGCAGUCAAUUGAAGUGUCUUGCAGACGCGUGCGAGUGCAACGGAACGCCGUGCGUUCUCAUCCGACUCAAUGAGUUGAGAGUGACGUACGGCUAAUCGAGUGACACAUAUAUCCGUCCACCGGAGGCUUAACGGCGUUGCUUCAAAUCCGACUUUACGACGUUGCAUCCCUCUCGAGAAAGACUCUCUUCGAGGUCCUCCUGGCCGGGUAUAAGUAAGCCUGCUUGUCACUUGGAAUGCUCAGUCUAUGCGCAGUGUUGUACUCGCGGACCAGCCUCGUUCGAGAAAAUGCAUUCCGCGCCGGCACCUGCUUUGGUUAGCAAGUUUUUUUUUGUAUUUGUACAAUAAUAAUAAUUUAGCUGCGGAUCGAGGUUUACGCGCCAAUCUGUUUAAUUAAACAUUUUUAAUCGUAUAAGUAUAUUUUCUGCAAACGAAUAGUUCAUAGAAGGGAUGCAAUCCUAUUGUUGCAUAGUUACGUGAUAUUUUGAUGUUCUAGAGUAUGUUAUGCGUUAUAUCGUAAAGUUUUUAUUCAGACCAGGCGAUCGAUUAAAAAAUGAUUACGAUAAAUGUUUACUCAAUUUUCAAAUAUAGAAUUUCAAAGAAAAA